AUGUCAACCACCACAACCACCACUCUUACGGCUACAACGCUUGUGGGGAUGCUUCCGACCAUGACAAGCGCUACCCCGAUCACCUCAGGGAAGAAUUGUCCAACAUGCGGACAGGAUGGGUACAUGUCGCAGGAUCAAUUGGUCCAGAGCGCUCGGAAGAGGGUGAAGGAGUUGGAGGGUCAGGUCGAGCUGUUGAACGCCCACGCUACACAAAUGGCUGCAAAACUAGCCGAGUACGAGAAAGAAGUGCGCCGUCUCCAAGCCCAAACCAACACGCACACCCCCAGGACGGGCUCCGCGUCAUCCACAUCGUCCGCCCCCUCGAAUGAGAGCGAUCAAUCCCUGUCGCCGACACAACCCCGGUCCUCGCCGCCGCAACAAGGUCGCUUGUCGACGCUGACGUCGCUACUCCCUUACCGUCGACCUAGCACCGCGUCUCCCACGCAGACCAUUGCCGAGCCAGCACAACCCACCCCUUCUCCCGAUCAUGCUACGACAGAGCUUCAGAAUGCGCUCGAGCGAGAACAGAGCUUACGCAAGGCGGCAGAGAGCCAGCUCUCCCAGGCCAGUUCGGAGCUGGAGGAACUGACGGCGCAACUGUUCAGUCAAGCGAAUGAGAUGGUUGCGCAAGAGCGCAAGGCGCGGGCGAAAUUGGAAGAGAGGGUGGCGGUGCUUGAACGCCGGGAUGUCGAGAAGAGGAAACGUCUUGACCGACUGGAAAAGGCGAUGGAGAGGGUGGAGCGGCUUCGAGCAUUGGUCGGAUAG